AUGGGAAGGGGCUUUUUCCCCUUUCCACCCGAAGAAGUCACUUGGGACUUGUCAGAGAAUAAAAGGAAGGAGAUUGUAGAGCUGGGCCUGCCAGACGAUGGCUAUGAUUACCUUCAACACUUGAAGGAUCCGGCUGCAAACGUUUCCUCGUCCGAUAACGCAAGCGCCCCAGCGGCAGAGGGUCCCAGAGUGUUUCUGCCAGCGCCCUUUGUGGAGCCUCCACCCGAGGACGUAAAGUAUGUGGACGCCCGCACGCUACCACAGCAGACAGCGACAGCUGAUGUUGAUAUUCUGCAGGUGCUUGGAGGGGUGGCCCCGUUUGCGCGAGACCUUGAUGAGCAACCUUCCAAUAGGGCCAAUGACGUAGAUGCUCUCAAUGAGAUCAUGAGGGAGUUGGAGAACGCGGAUGAUGAUGCAGAUGAUGGCGGCUCUGGUGAUCUAUUGGAUGACUUUGUCUCCACAGCUGCAGCCCAAGUGACUUCCAGCAACCUUAGCACAGCCAGGGGCUCGGGUCAUGGAGCUCUUUCCUUCAUCGAGGAGGAAGAAGAGCUGUCAGGACAGUCCGAGGGCAGUCAGGGCACAGAUGAUGAUGAGCUCGAAAGCAGGCUGGGACGGGGGUAUGUUGGAUCGAUUGCCUCCACCUACUGGCGACCUGAGCGCACAGAUCGUGGAGGCCUUGCCACCCUGGAUGAAAGGUUUGAACAGCUUGCGCUGGAGUAUGAUUCAGACGAGCUUGGGGAACUAGAUGAUAUUGAGGGCGGCGGAGCUGGACUUGAGGUCUUUGGAAGUCUUCUGGAGAAGAGUAUGGGAGAGCAGGCCUCCAGGGUGCCGGUCAUUGAUGGCGCUCAUCCUGCCCAAGGUCCUACGCAUGCUGCCAAGGCCCUGGACCGGCAUGAUGAUGAUGCAAGGAUUGCAGUGGAAAAGGAGACGCUCGCACAGAACAUCUGCCGCAGAAGAGACAGCGGUGCCUCUGCGGGGUCCUGA